CCUGCUGAUAGUGAGUAGCGUGAUGAUGAAGCAAUGUACCAGUAAAGUGAGGCACAUUUUUAAGCCCAAGAUUAAAACGGUAUAUGGGAUAUUUGGAAAUUAGAAGCAUACACUUAUAUCGAAGUAUUAAGAAAUAAGAUUCGAUCGAAGAACAGCGAGUCACAAAUUCCGCCGGCUGCGCUGUAUUCGACGCACUUUAGCCUGCGGAUUGGGGGCUGUUUCGGCUGUAGGGGUUGCCGUUCGCAUUUGUGGAGGAUAUAUGAGCUAUCCCCCAGUUGGCCCGAACACAGGAAAUACAAGAAUGUCAACACGCUCCACCAGGAACAGCGUCAGGACAAGUCCGGCGGCGCAGCCCCUCAACAAGAGCUUCGUGAGCGGCGGCCAGGUGGCGCCGCCCAGCCAGGUCCCCGUGGUCACGUACUCCACCACGGAGCAGCCGCCUGCAGCCAUGGCCGCUACUGCCGUCCCGAAGCAGGAGCAGCCAGCUGCUGAUGACGUCAACAUGGCCGAGGCGCCCGCUGCCGUAGCACCGGCUGCGGACGGCGAGGGCGCGAAGGACGGGGAGGGCGCGAAGAACGGCGACAAGGUGGCCCGCAUGCCCUGGAUGAAAGUUCAGAAAGCGCCCGGGGCUCGGCGCAAGCCCAACAAGCAGCUGAUCCAGCGCCGCCUGCGUAAACACCUGACGCCGAAGAACGCCACGGUGGCGCUGCAGGAGAUCCAGCCGGGCGUCACGUACCAGUUCUCGGCCAUGCCGGGCAGCGCGCCUGGCGUGUUCACUGCUGAGGUAGAGAUAUCACCAGGCGCGCACAUCAGGAACGCCAAAACGACCGCGGAGAAAUAG